AACUAAAAUAAAGAGAAACGACGUCGUUGAAUACGUCUCUAAUAAGGGGAAUAGGCGAAAUCGAACAAUGGCGGAACUCAAAAGCAAAGAAAAAACAUUUCAUUAGGGUCAAAUUUCUCAGAGGAAGAAAAACCAACAAAAUACAGAAAAGGAGGAGAGAGAAAGAUAAAGUAAUGGGUUAUGUUCUAAGGGUAAGAUUGGCAUCAUUUUUUGCAGGUGCAGCUAUGGCUUCAACUGCUGGUCUUUACAUCCUUUACAAAGAUUACAAAUUUGCCCAUCAUUCCAUCUCUGACCAGAUGAAACUUCUGCACGAUUCUCUGGAUAAACGUGUCUCUUCUUUGGAGAAGUUAAAAGAAACCGAAGCUCCUGAACAUGUGGAAGCAACAGAAUAGACCUCUCUUAUUGGGUUUUUUGAGUGAUUCUGAUGUUGUACACUCUCAGAUGUUAAGGAGAGGUUCAUAGAAGGAUUGUUUUUCCCCCUGAAGUAUAAAUAAUGUUCAUGAGGUACUCAAUCUAUUUUAUGUUAAUCAGGCAAUUGUGUUUUGUUGCUCCUUUAGUUACGUUUUAAAUUUACACUUGUGAAACGAUGAUUGAAGGCUUUCUUGGACAGUUAUUCUUUCAAAAUA